AUAUAGACCCGCAGUUGUUUUUGUGGCGAGUUGUUUUGCACAGAUAAAGAUGUCAGUCAGACACUGGCCCAUAGAGGGCGCACUACAACGGCCUUGUACGCCGGCCUUGUACAGCGUACUGUAUAUAAAGACACCCUUUGUAAAUGUGGCUUUUUAACACACUAGAGGUGGUGCAUACAGGCUGGGGAGAUAAAGUGAUCACUGAUCCUUCAUCGCGAGCGCCGGUCAACGAGGCGACAACAGCCAACUCCCUCUCUUUUGCCCUCCUUGGGACCCUGUAGUCUCUCUCACUUCUCUAGCUCUUUCCCACUCUCUGCCUGCCCAUCUUCAUUCCCUCAACCAUGGCCCCGACGCUGGCCACGGCAUUUGCCCGCCGCUGGUGGAUGGCGGUGACUGCCAUCAUUGAGAAUCUCCUCUUUUCUGCUGUGCUCCUGGGAUGGGGUUCGCUUCUCAUUAUGCUCAAGUCAGAAGGCUUCUACUCGUACCUUUGCAGCGAUGAAGGUAACAGCUCCAGCCACAAUAUGUCCCUGGGGAUGACGCAAGAAUCGGACGAAUACAUUUACGACGAUGAAGGCGAUGAAGGCGCCGUGGGUGCCCUGGGGGGCGGGGUGGAGAUGACGCCCCUGGUCCCGCUGGACGGGCUUCUGAGGAUGAACGGCUGGCUAAUCUGUAAAGAGCAGGAUGAGAUGUUGAAUCUGGCCUUCACUGUGGGCUCCUUCCUCCUCUCUGCUAUCACGCUGCCGCUGGGAAUCGUCAUGGACAAGUAUGGGCCUCGUAAGCUGCGACUGUUGGGCAGCACAUGCUUUGGCUUGUCUUGUCUGCUAAUUGCUUAUGGAGCCUACCAACCAAACGAACUCUCAGUGCUUAUCUUUAUCGCGCUGACUUUCAAUGGCUUUGGUGGCAUGUGCAUGACCUUCACCUCUCUCACGUUGCCAAACAUGUUCGGGGACCUGCGUUCCACCUUCAUCGCCCUGAUGAUUGGCUCCUAUGCCUCCUCUGCUGUCACCUUUCCUGGCGUCAAGGUGAUCUAUGACUUCGGCGUACCAUUCAUUACUAUUCUGGUCGUGUGGGCAGCUUGUGCUGGACUGGUCUUCCUGAACUGCUUCUUCAACUGGCCCCUGGAACCUUUCCCAGGACCAGAGGAUAUGGACUACACUGUCAAGAUCAAAUUCAGCUGGCUGGGCUUUGACCACAAAAUCACCGGCAAACAGUUUUACCGCCAAGUGACCACAGUGGGCCGUCGUCUCAGUGUGGGCAACAGCCUGGUGCAGAAAGAUCUGCCUACCAAGGAGGGCAAGCUCUGCCUGUCCACCAUGGACCUGGAGUUGGACGAGAAGCCCAAAGAAGAGUCUCAGUCAUUCCUGAAAACUAUCACCACACCCAUCUUCCUGCUCAGCCUGGUGACCAUGUCGGUCACUCAACUGCGUCUCUUGUUCUACAUGGGGGCCAUGAACAGCGUCCUCGAGGUGCUCAGCGAUGGUGACCUCAACACAGUGGAAAGAAUGGAACUUGUGAGUUUGUACUCGUCCAUCUUCGGAGUGCUUCAGCUGCUUUGCCUCAUGACCACUCCUGUGAUUGGUCAGAUUAUGGACUGGAAAUUGAAGGACUGUGACGACGGAGAGGAAUCAAAGAAUGCGUCCAGCAAGGAUGAACCAAAGAAAAAGCGAAGAGACAGAAAGACUCAGAAGGUGACCAACGCCCUGCGAGCAUUUGUGCUAACGAAUUUCCUUUUGGUGGGCUUCGGGAUCACUUGCCUGAUACCCAACCUCCCCCUCCAGAUCGUGUCAUUCAUCUUGCACACUGUCGUGAGAGGAUUCAUUCACUCGGCCGUUGGUGGCCUGUACGCUGCUGUGUACCCCUCCUCGCAGUUUGGCAGUCUGACAGGCAUGCAGUCGCUAGUCAGUGCUGUCUUUGCUCUGCUGCAGCAGCCCCUCUUUUUGGCAAUGAUGGGACCCCUGGCGGGAGACCCAUUCUGGGUCAACAUCGGCCUGCUCGGCCUCAGUAUGCUGGGCUUCCUGCUGCCUCUCUACCUGGUUUGCUACAGACAGAUGCUCCACAAAGAGAGGCACGAGAAGGAGAACAACGCCAAGAUCUACAUCAAAAUCAAUGGCUCGGACAUUCCGGAGGCCUUUGUUUAAUUGCACAGAAAAGUGGAAACAUGAUGGAAGAAUGAUGAGAGACUGCGCAUCUUGAGUUGUGCCACGCACAUGCGUGCAAACUGACAAUUUCUGUUUAUUGAUAACAUUCUUAUAGCAUGCUAACACCACCACGCUUUUAUUUAAACUUUGUUGCUUUGGAAGUCUACCACCCAACUGUAAAAAGGCUAAACGAAGCGGAAGAGGAAAGACUGUGAAAGGAAAGAGGCAUCAGCACUCUGCAUUCCCCCAUUCCUCAACUUUAUUUUGGUCACUCUCUCACACAAUUCCACAUUAUAACAGCUUUUGUCCUAUAAAACUGCUCACAUAAUUUAAUGCUCAAAUCUUCUUUAGCAACCAUAGUGAGUGAAUGUGCGGGAGGAGAAGGGCCACAAAAUGCACUGUGAGAAAGUUGUAAUGUUACGAGAGAAAAAAAAAACAGUAAUGGUAUAUUACAAGAAAAAAAGAUUUGUCAUUGGACUGGUAGUCGGAUGAAAAAUAAAGUGGUAAUAUUGCGAGAACUGCACACUCAGAAAUCUUUUUGUUUGUUUGUUUACAAAUACUGAAUGAUAUUAAUCACAUUUUGACAUUUAAUUGUUAACUUUCUCUCGUGAUAUUUUGACUUUAUUCUCAGAAUUGUACAACUAUUGUUUCAGUAUGGCCCGAAUACGCCUUUUCAAGUAAUUUCAAAAUUGUUGUGUUUGUUGUUUGGGAUUUUUCUAAGACUGAACUCAUUUUCAGACCACCUUGUGUUUCUCUGGUCAUUUUUGAAUGUAGCCUACCUUUCCCCACAUUUAAGUGGCUUACAUUGUUUUCAAGUAGGAACAGUACUGUAGAUGUAUGUCAGGGUCUUUCAGGCUUGCUGAACAAAGGACAUCACGCAAACUGCAUUUUUGGUAUUGCUACAGGCAGAGUAACCAUUUGAAUAUUUAUUUUGUGUCAUACCUUCUUUAGUUUUUUUUUUUUAUGUACUUUAUAUCUGCCCGAUGUGCCUUUUGAGUCUAAAUAAAGAUACAAUUGCUUAUGAAUAA